AUUUAUUUAUUUUGUCUUGUCAGGGACAAAAAAAAAAAACCUUCGCCUUCCCUUCCACUGAUCUUCGCUGAGCAGAGAGGGAGGGGGAAAAAAAUGUUUUAGCACGUUAGCAAGAUGUACAGCCGGCUCACUUCUAAUUAUAGCCCGUCUUCUUUCUGCCUAUUGCAUUAUGGAUGCCCGUCCAGAUAGCGUGGGAAGGUCUCCGUAGAGGCUGAAUGCAACAUCUCCUCCGCCUGCACCGCAUUCGGCGCGUCGUGGCCGCACAACGCGGGGCGCGAUGCGGGAGUACAAAGUGGUGGUGCUCGGCAGCGGCGGGGUGGGCAAGUCGGCCCUGACCGUGCAGUUCGUCACCGGAACCUUCAUCGAGAAGUACGACCCGACCAUUGAAGACUUUUACCGUAAGGAGAUCGAGGUGGACUCUUCUCCGUCGGUGCUGGAGAUCCUGGACACGGCCGGCACCGAGCAGUUCGCCUCCAUGCGGGACCUUUACAUCAGGAACGGCCAGGGCUUCAUCCUGGUCUACAGUCUGGUCAACCAGCAGAGCUUUCAGGACAUCAAGCCCAUGAGGGACCAGAUUAUCAGGGUCAAGAGAAGUCUAUUUCGAAUCAAAAGAAUGGAGGAUUCAACAAAACAAGGCAAAAGAAGCUCACCGGUCACAAUAUUAGGUACCAGCAGGUGCCGGUGGUGCUGGUGGGAAAUAAGGUGGACCUGGAGGACGAGAGGGAGGUGUCCCCCAGUGAAGGCCAGACACUGGCAGAGGACUGGGGCUGUCCCUUCAUGGAGACCUCUGCCAAGAGUAAGACAAUGGUGGACGAGCUUUUCACUGAGAUCGUGCGGCAGAUGGAUUUUUGCCCACUGCCGGACCGCCGAGAGGCUUGCUGCCCCGCCUGCAGCAUACAGUAGCAGCCCAUCGGUCUGCUGGAGGGGCGGAGGGCUGAUGGAUCCUAAGACAGAAGAAAUGCUAAUAAAAUCAUGUUAAUAGAAUGGCGCUAGAAAGGACUCAAGGAAAAUUCUUGCUGUUACCAUUUUUGUAUUUCCUUGUGAGGCAUGCGCUUUGGCUCAGAGGCAUGCUGGGAAAUGUAGGAAAGCAUCCAGUGAAGCAGACAAAUGAGAUGAAAAUCACAGGGUGGAGUUUCCUUUGAACUCCCACAUCCAUCAGCCCCUUCCUGGUAAACAGCCAAUUUCAGGGGCUUUCCCAAAGGCGGCACAGUGCCAAAACCACCUUAAAAGCCAUCAACCAAGAGGAUUGGAGCCCUAAAUCAAUUUUGGAAGCCAAGAAAAGGAUAAUAUAUAUCUGUCCUGUUUCCCUUUUGCACUCUUCUUGACAGUGCAAAGACCAAACAGCAGAUUUCUACACAGAUGUCAAGCAGCACCACUGUGAAGGUGUCACUCCAGAGGUCGGCCCAGCAGCCGGCCUGCCUAACUAUGAAUGAAUGAAUAGAUGAAUGAAUGUCUAACAAUAAAAAGAUGCACCUUUGGUGGAGAUUCUUUCAGAAUAUUCCCAAAUGUUGCAAACGUGGAUGAUGUGUGCAUGAAGUCGUACUCCCACGCUGACCUCGUCGACUACAAUCUCACCCAAAGAGACAAUGUCUAGCAAUCAUUGUUGAAAUGUGCAGACACUUGACACCUUACAGACGAUACAAAUGCCUUGUAUGCUGAACAUGAUAGUGACAGUGUAUCUUAAAUUGCAUCAGUUAGUGGCUCUCAUCAACACUUAUUUUGGAAAAAAAUAAAAAAUCUUUAUGCACCAAUA